AUGUCUAAAGCUCUAACCAAGGCUUCGUCGCUCAAGCCUGAUAUCCGCCUCGCUCAGGCACUCUCCGAGUUCGAAGCCGACCUGACCAAUGAGCAGAAGUCUAGGUUUCGCACGCUGAGAUCGCAGUCGCUUUCGGUGGCACCAACUCCGAGCGAUGUCAUGCGGCUGACGGCCGAAGUAGAUCGUCGCAUGUCGAAGAAGUAUAGUGGUCAGUGUUUCGGCCCACGCUUCACAAACUUCCUCCAGGGAGUCCAGCAGUUUGCUGCUCUUGGCGACGUCGUGGUUGGAGGUUCACAGAACCUGAUAGCGUGUGGUGUCUGGACAUUGGUGCGAAUGUCUUUAUUGUCGAUUGUGAGCUUGUCCAACUACGUAGACAAGCUAUCGUCGAUAUUUAUGGACAUCGGACGAUCCACUCCGCGCCACCAAGCGAUAAGCGUGUUGUAUCCUCAAUCAACAAAAUUACAAUCGUACCUCUCCGAAUACUUCAUUGUAGUCGUCGCACUUUGCCGUUACUUGUUUAAGUUCGGACAGAAAUCAGCACUCCAACAAUUCACAUCUUCCUUGAACGAUGGAGACUUGAAAGCAUUUCGGACCGAUCUUGACAAGUGGGCAUUGUGGAUCGCAAAUGAAAUGCAAUUGAACGAAGCCCAAGAGAGUUCUGGUUUCAGGGCUCUAUCUCGAUCAAUGUUCAAAUCUGCAUCGCAACAGCAGAAGUUUGCUACUAAGAACCGAGUGCUUGACUUCUGCUCUACAUACGACCACGAAAUAGUGUGGAAGCAAACGAGGAAGGCCGGAAACACGUCGCUUUAUACAAAUUUUGCGGAAUACGAACAGUGGAGAGAUUCUUCGCAUUCUUCCACAAUAAUAUGUACAGGCAAGCUGGGAUCUGGCAAAUCCGUACUCCUGGCAAAUAUUGUAGACGACCUCAACCUCUCCACUAAGAAAGAACGACCACUGAUAACGUACUUCUUCUGCAGACACGAUGUUCCAGAAAGUCUGCAAGCACGCGUAGUUCUGGGUUCGCUAGCGCGGCAGUUGCUACGGACCAUCGAUGAUCUUGACAUACUCUCGGAAAUCUGCGGAGAUACUCACACUACCGGUGACACCGACAAGAUACUAGGACUCAUCUUACAAGGCUACCCCCCUGAUCAUAAAGCGUUCUUUGUCAUAGAUGGGCUAGACGAAUGCGACGACGAAGAGAGAAGGGUGCUAGUGCAAGCAAUGGGAUCGAUCCAAGAGAACCUUAACGUCCUGAUUUGUGCUUCGUUUCGCGAGGAGCCGAACAACGGUCUGCAGUCAAUUACGCAUCACCUCUUGUCCACUCGCAUCAUUCCGUUGCCAGAGAAGAACCCCGAUAUUGACGCCUUCAUUGAAGCCGAUUUGCGUCGUUGUUUGGACCAAGAGCUGCUGACAAUUGGAGAUGCAACUCUGAUCAUCGAAAUACAGGAUGCGCUCAUAGCUGGUUCACAAGGAAUGUUUCUUUGGGCGGCUCUUCAGAUCCGGUCUUUGUGUAGUAUGAAGACCGACCACGAUAUUCGUGAAGCACUGACGGAUCUACCUAAGAAUAUCUCACAGACGUUUGCACGGAUAUUGUGGAAGUCGGGGAGUCUUGACCGACCCCUUCAAGCAAAGACGCUACAGCUGGUGCUGGCAGCAUGCCGGCCAUUGACUACUAGCGAGUUAAGAGAAGCCCUGAGUGUUACUCCUGGCGACACAACCUGGGAUCCGUCCAAAAUGUUGAACGAUGUUCAUUCAGCGUUAGCUUGCUGUGGGUGUCUUCUGACAGUUGAUGAAGAAGAGUCAACUGUCCGAGUUGUACACCACAGCGUCAAGCAAUAUUUCUUGCACGGCCUUGACGAUGCGAGGCAUAUUGGAUUCACUGUCGAUGACGCACGGAUAAGGAUGGCAGAUAUUGUGAUCACUUAUCUUGCGUACGGUGUCUUCGAAACUCAGAUGACCAAGACCGCAAUACGUCCUAUCAUGGCACAUUCAGCACCUUCGAAGAUCCUGCAAAGCACCAUGGGAUCUUCGAGUACUACUCGUCAACUCGCAAUGAAGCUUCUCGGAUCUAGAAAGCAACCUACAUUCGAUCUGAGCAAGACUCUCGCGGAAGCGCGUGGCUCUCUAAACCCCAAGCCAGAACACGUGUUUACGUUCUACGCUUAUGCAAACAUACACUGGCAAGAUCAUAUCUGGGAUGUCUCGGGGAAAAGUCAUCGUAUUCAUCAGCUCUCUGAAAAUCUCAUCCAGACCCGAUGCUCGGAAAUAAGAGAUGCGGAUAGGGACUUCGGCAGGCGUUGUCGCUGGGCUGCUAAGCACGGGAGUUUGACACUUCUUGAGCUGAUAUGUCAGAGGACUAAAGUGCUUCAGGGUCAGGAUGGAAGCUUCCUAUAUGAUAUAGGUACGCCACUGAUUUGGGCGAUAGAUCGUGGAGACAAGGACGUUGUUAAAAUACUGCUUGAAGCCGGCGUUGAUGUCAACAAGGGAGUCAAAGUCAGGUAUCAAUUGAUGCUACGUGAGGCCAGUUCGGGAGAAGAGCUACUGCCACUUACUUUGGCGGUAAGAAAAGGACACAAAGAUAUUGUUGGGCUGCUCCUGGAGAUUGACAAACUUGCCGUCAAUACGAAAGACCGUGAAAAGCGCACAGCGUUUAUAUGGGCCCUGAAGAAAGGAAACAUGGAUAUCAUCAAACUAUUCCUCAAGGACAAGAGAACCGAAAUUAAUGGAGUGCCCGCUGGGGAUUGGGAGCCAUUGUUGGCAGCGGCAUUGCAUAGAGACAAAGACGUACUUCAACUACUACUUUUCACCGACCGGGUUGAUGUCAACUCAAAGACCAAGAUCGGAGAGUCGGCAUUGAUGCUGGCCGCGUCCGGGGGGCAUCGAGAGAUAGUUGAGCUACUGCUUGCUACUGGCACAUUUGAUCUUAAUGCGAUCAACGAUCGGGGAGAAUCGGCGUUGAUGCUGGCGGCAUCCGAAGGGCACGAAGGCAUAGUUGAGCUACUACUUGCUACCGAUGGAAUCGAUAUCCACACGAGGGGGGAGAAUGGGAAGACAGCAUUGAGCCUGGCCUUGUCACAAAAACACAGAAACGUGACUGAAAUGUUACAGUCAUACUCACUCCGCGCUGCCGCUGAUUCUCUAGUGGGCGCGAACAAAACCGUCACACCUGAUGAGACGACUUAG